CGGGGAAGGGGCGGGAGCGCGCAGGCGCAGUGCCGCGCGGCGGCGGGCUCUUCCGUUCCCGCCCGGCUGCGUACCGCCGGGCGCGGGGCUGCCGGGCGCCGCGCUCGGAACCUUCGGGGAGGUUUGAAUCGCCGGUGGUUGUAACGGCCCCGGCUGGCGGGCGGCGCUAAGGAGGGGCAGGGCGGCGGCGCGCCCUGCUCUCUGUGCCGGGCGGGGGCGGCGCGGGCGCUGGCGCCCGGCGCUACGAGAGAGAAUUCAAUUGUAACAGCCUGAAUGGAUGCCCGUCUUCAUGCUUGUGUGAUGAAUAAAUUCCAAGAGCAUACAAGCAGCUCUUUCCCGAUCAAAGUAAUUUAAACAUAAAACCGUGUUUAUGUAGGAAACUGAAAGUAGCAUAACAAAAAGUGAUGCCCAGUGACAAGACAAGAGUCAACAGGCACAAACCGAAACACAGGAAGUUCUAUCUGAAUCUAAGGAAAAGUUUCUUUACUGUGAGGGUGACUGAGCACUGGAACAGGUUGCCCAGAGAGGUUGUGAAGUCUCCAUCUUUGGAGAUACUCAAAAGCCGUCUGGACAUGGUCCUGGGCAACGUGCUGUAGGUGACCCUGCUUGAGCAGGGUGGCUGGAUGAGAUGAUCUCCAGAGGUCCCUUCUAACCUCAGCCAUUCAAUGAUUCUGUUGUUUUUACAACUUCAAGCUUGAACUCCAAUACUAACCAAAGUACUCAUGGGCAAGAGGAAAGAAGAAAGUGUUUCACAGCCUGGGUCCCACAAAAGACGGAGACAAGAAUACACGGGUGAACCUAGUGAUGAGUGUAGUGAAGAAGAAAAAUCACAGCUGUUGGCUGAUAGUAAUUUUUCUUCACCAUCGACCGUAGGGGAAGUUGGGAUAAUUGAAAGUAUUCAACUGAAGAACUUUAUGUGCCAUUCAAUGUUGGGGCCUUUUCAGUUUGGAUCAAAUCUCAAUUUUGUGGCUGGAAACAAUGGAAGUGGAAAGAGUUCUGUAUUGACUGCUCUUAUUGUUGGACUUGGUGGAAAAGCCACUACAACUAAUAGAGGUUCCUCUUUAAAAGUGUUUGUAAAAGAUGGAGAGUCUUCUGCAGAUAUUUCAAUAACAUUGCAAAACCAAGGUAGAGAUGCGUUUAAGCCUGAAGUGUAUGGUGACUCUAUUAUUGUGAAUCAGCACAUUAAUCUUGAUGGAAGCAGAAAUUACAGACUGAAAAGCAAAUCGGGCACCUUAAUUUCUUCAAAGAAAGAGGAACUCGUAGCAAUACUGGAUCAUUUCAAUAUACAGGUAGAUAAUCCUGUGUCUGUUUUAACCCAAGAGAUGAGUAAACACUUCUUACAAUCUAAAAAUGAAGGUGACAAGUAUAAGUUUUUUAUGAAGGCAACUCAGCUGGAACAAAUGAAAGACGAUUAUUCAUAUAUUAUGAAAACAAAAGAAAAUACAUGUAUUCACAUAGAGCAAGGAGUAGAGCGUCUACGAGAGCUUAAGCUUCAUUAUUGCGAAAAAAAGGAACGUUACAAAAGCAUUGGGUUUGUGAAUGAAAUGCGAAAUCAUCUUGAAGAUUUGAAACACAAAAUGGCAUGGGCAGUGGUGAGUGAAAUGGAAAGAGAAAUACAACCAAUCAAAGAGUGCAUCAGAGCUGAAGAAGAACGUACAGAAAAGUUUCUUCAGAAGCUAGAGGAAUGUCAGGUAAAAGUAAAUGAAGCAGAAGAUAAGUACAAAGCAAUACAAGACAAGUUAGUAAAGAUAAGUGAAGAAGCACAAGCCCUACAUCCUCAGUGUAUUUCUUCAAAAGCUGAUGUGCAGGCAGGGAGAAAAGCAUUCAAUGAGGCUGAGGCCCUUUAUAAUCGUUUCAGAACUGAGUUAAAACGUCUGGGAAAAGAUGAUGAACAGCUACGUAAACGAAUUCAAGAACUGAAAAAUAGUGCUAAUCAGGUUUCAGAGCCUGAGAAAUUGGAAAGACAAAGGAAAAUUGCACAGUUAAAAGAGCAUUUAAAGGCAUUCCAUGAUCAAGAAAUAAUGAUUGCUCAACAGAUGGAUCAGUUUCAGCAGGCCAUAUACAAGUAUAAGGAAGAACAAGCUACACUGAGGAAAGAAGAACAUGAUGUGAAGCAAGCACUGGAUGCCAAACUGAAACAGCUGAGAGAGCUGAAAGAUAGUAAAACAAAUACCUUGAAAAGAUUUGGACCACAUGUGCCGUCAUUUCUUGAAGCAGUCGAAGCAGCCUACAGGCAAGGGCACUUUAAAUACAAACCUGUUGGACCUUUAGGUGCUUUCAUUCAUCUGAAAGAUGCUGAACUUACUUUGGCUGUUGAAUCUUGUUUAAAGGGCCUGGUUCAGGCAUUUUGCUGUGAUAAUCAUAAUGAUGAAAGAAAUCUUCAGAUACUGAUGUCAAAAUAUUAUCCACCUGGGUUUCGACCUCAAAUAAUUGUAAAUAAAUUUCAGGAUAAAGUUUAUGAUGUUAGACACAGAGGAGUUCAUCAUCCAGAAUUCCCAUCGGUUCUCACAGCAUUGGAAAUAGAUGAUGCAGUGGUUGCCAAUUGUUUGAUUGAUAUGAGGAGUAUAGAAAUGGUCCUGCUGAUUAAAAGUAGCUGUAAAGCUCGUGAAGUAAUGCAGAGUAACCGGCCCCCAAAAAACUGCAGAGAAGCUUUCACUGCUGAAGGCGAUCAAGUAUUUGAAAGACGAUAUUACUCAUCUGAUUACCUCCGACCCAAGUACCUGAGCAAAGAUGUUGAAGCAGAAAUAAGUCACUUGGAAAAAGAACUUGAAAACAAAAAGGCACAGCUGACAACAUCUCAACAACGUUUGCAUUCCAUUGAAAAAGAGAUUAGGCAGAAUGAAGAUCAUCUUCAUCAUCACCGACGACACCAAAAAGAAUUGCAGAUAAAAAUAAGAACAACAAAUGCAGAAAUAUCAGAUCUCGAGAAUACAGAAGAACACCAGUCAGUGGACAUCCGUACAUUAGAAGAUGAAGCUGAAGAAAACAAGAAUAAGAUGGAAUCUGUAAAGCAGGACAUGCUGCGACAAAGUAGUGAAAUGGAAGAGCUGAAAAAUAUUCUACAGGCAGCUGAAAAAAGAUUUGAAGAAAUGAAGGAAAAAAUUCACCAAGUAGAAGAAAUUGCUGGUCCAGUUAAGGAUGAAUUAAACCAAGCUGACUCAGAAGUAGAAAACAGCAAACGGUGUUUGCAGCACUAUGAAGACAAACAGAAAGAACACUUGGCUUGUGUAAAAAGACAUAAAGAAUUACUAACUGCCAAAGAAAAAGAAUUAGAGGAGAAAAUUGCACAGGCUAGGCAAAUAUACUCGGAGCGCAUCGAAGUCAGCAGAACUGUUAAGAGUCUUGAUGCAGAAAUGAAUCGCUUGAGAGAGAGGAUAAACUCAGAGAAAGAUCGCCACGGAAACAGAGAAGAAAUUAUACAGCAGUUUUUUGAUGCAAAGGAAAAAUAUGAGGAUGCAAACAGUAAAGUAAAGAAUCUAAAGAAAUUUAUUAAGCUGCUGGAAGAAAUAAUGACACAAAGAUUCAAAAUAUAUCGGCAGUUCUUAAGGCUCCUUUCUUUACGAUGCAAGCUCUACUUUGACCAUUUAUUACGUAUUCGAGCUUACAGUGGAAAAAUACUUUUUGAUCACAAGAAUGAGACACUUUCAAUAACAGUCCAGCCUGGAGAGGGAGACAAAGCUUCCCUUAAUGACGUGAGAUCUUUAUCGGGAGGUGAACGUUCCUUCUCAACAGUUUGUUUCAUUCUUUCUCUGUGGUCCAUUACUGAAUCUCCUUUCAGAUGCUUAGAUGAAUUUGAUGUCUACAUGGACAUGGUUAACAGAAGAAUUGCAAUGGAUAUGAUGCUCAAGGUGGCUGACUCUCAGCGUCAUCGACAGUUCAUUUUGCUCACCCCACAAAGUAUGAGUUCUCUACCUACAAGUACCCUUAUUCGAAUCCUUCGACUGCAAGAUCCUGAAAGAGGCCAAACAACAUUGAAUUUCCGAAAUAGGAAUGAAGAGGAGGAAAAUCAAUAAGUAUAUCUGUGUAUGAAUGUAACACAGUUUUGAGGAUUGUUACAGUAUAAAUGUGUAAUGAUGUAUACAAGGUUAUUACUUCUUGUUGCUGGAUAGGAGGACCUUUCGUUAGAUAACUUCAGGAAAAGAAGAGGUUCUUAUUUUUUAAAACUACUGUAUGUGUUUGUACAGACCAAGGAUUUUAAGCACAGUGUGUAAAUUUAAUACACAGUUUUGAUGAAAAAAUCCUAAGUGUUCAACUGAUUGAUAUUUUUAACUACCAAUUAUUAGAUCUUUUAAUCAAUUGUUCUGUUUUUUCCUGAAAAUAUAUAAUGUAUUUUGUAUAACUCUGAAGUAAUAUUUUAAUAAAAUCUGAGAACUGACACUUGUAGUAAUCCUGUAGUAUCUCUACACACUUAAAAAUUGGUCUUAAGAUAAUUUUGUCUUCCUAACUCUUGCUUUUUGUUGAACAUAUGUUAAUUAAUACAUGCAGUAAAUGUUUUCAUUUUUCCAGUGGAACCACAGCUGCUGAACAUAAAUUAUUACUUACAGUGUAUAUUUUUGUAACUAAAAAAGUGAAGAAUUCAUUUGCAGUAUGUUCUCUCGGUAGGGAGGAAAUGUCUUCCUUUCUAAAGAGUUUAUAGAAAGAGUGUGAGUGUCUUUGGAUGUGAGCUUACGAAAACUAGCAAAUUUUGAUUUUAUAAACUUAGAUUCUUAACUUCAAUUAAACCAAGCUCUUACACAAUUUGAGUUUGCAGGCAUAGGUUAGAUCUGUAGAUAUUCAUCACUUUAUAACCAACUAAAGUGACAAAAGUCACUUAUUGAAGUAGAGAUGUUCAGUAUAUAGGAAUGGAGUAGAAUAGAAUUUUGAGAAAUGAUACAGUAAGUUUUUUACAGCAUUGAAGGCUUUCUGGUUUUUAUCUGAGACUAAACUACAGUAAAGGCAUUAAAAUUAAGUGACCUCUGCUUUAUUAAAAAAAAAGAAAUGCAAACAUUUAUUGGGGAUGGAGGGAGAAAGAAAAAGUACAUCUUUCAAAUUGCUCCAUAUUAACUUUCUUCUCUCCUGUUCUUCUCCCUCCAGGAACUUGAAAUUGUUGGGAGCUCUUCAAAAACAAUCAAUUUAAAGUUCAGCCAUUAGGCAUACAUUUUCUUGACAUUACAGGGUAACAAGAACAAUUAAGAUUUUUCAGAGGACAAUUCUGCAAUUUCUACAGUUAUUUACCAGAUAGCAAUUCCUCAAUAAAAUUUCUUUACAGUUUAAGUCCUAAAUUGACUUGACAGCUAUUUUUUGAAAGCUUUUUUGUUUUUGUUUUAGCCACUACAUGAUGAUAUGUAUUAAUGUUGUUUAGCUUUUACACAAGCAUGUAUUAAGUUUAUAGGUGUUCCUAAGAUAUGGAAGCUAGUGAAGAAUUGAAAGAAAUACACUAGCACUGCCAUUAGAUUUCCUACUGUACUCUAUCUUUAGGAGUUGCAUCUAGUGACCUUUUAAAGACAUCAGAUGUUUACUUCCGAAAGGCUAGAGUAACAGCCUGACAAACUCAUAGCAACCUUCCUGUGUCUAAGAGGAGGUUACUGAGAAAACAGGCUUUUUACUGAAAUGCAUGGCAGGAGAACAAGAGACAGUGGUCGUAAACUGAAGUGGGACUCAGUUUUUUGGUGAAACUAGAAUAUAUUUCAGAACCUUUUACAAUAUGAAUUUAUAGAAUGACCUAGUAUUCGUUCCUCCUAAUUUUGUUCAGUAUCCGAGAAAAUAAAGCAAGAGUGCAGGGGCAGGGGAGAGAAGUUUUUAUCUUCACUGGUGCUUUUAUAGUUGUGUGGAGAAAAGAGUUUAAGCAAAAAUAUCGCUUUCCUAUUGGAAUAACACUUCAACUUUCUCCCAGGCUUUCUACAGACUGCUGUAAUAAAUCUUUCUUGAAAUAUUGGAGCAGUUAGCAGUGCUUCUUCUGAUCUUUAGUUUAAAUCGUAUGAUGUAUUUAUUCUAAUCUAUCACUGUACUUAAUGAAAAUGUGUGCCUGUGAUUAUUAUAAGCAACUGUUUUCAUGGUAGAGGAUUAUUUCUGAAUAAACAAUUAUUGAAGCA